AUGAUUGGGGUUCUUCUUCCGUAUGUGCGAAAAUUCCAACGCUCCGCCGAAUCCAAUGACAUUGUCGACCGCUUUUCCUACCAGUACACUUCGACCCUCUUGGGAUUCUCCGCUAUCAUGAUGGCUGCUUCUCAAUACGUGGGACGUCCAAUCCAGUGUUGGGUGCCAGCUCAGUUCACCAGAACAUGGGAGAAAUACGCUGAAACUUACUGCUUCAUCAAGGGAACGUACUUUUUGCCAGGUGCAUUUGCCAGCGAGGAAGAAGUCUCUGUCACGUCACCGGAUGAUACUGUCACUGCUACUCCGCACGUUGGAUACUACCAAUGGAUCCCCAUCAUUCUCUUCAUUCAAGCUCUUUGCUUCUAUCUUCCUUCUAUCAUCUGGAGAACUUUCAAUGAAAACGGAGAACUCAAAAUCAAGGAGCUCGCGGCUGUUUCCGAGGCUUCUCGCAAAAUCAAAUCCAACAUGAGCGACGACCAGGUCAAAGGAAGAAAGUUCGGAAGAUACUUCUUCAAAAAGCUUAUUUUCCGUAACGAAGCCACCGUCUUCAAGAAUUCCGGCGUUGCGGCAUCUGGAAAGUUCUUGCCGCUCCUCUUCCUGUUUACUAAGCUCAUGUAUCUUGCAAACAUCGUUCUUCAAUUCUGGAUUCUCACCUAUUGCCUUGAGACGAAGAGCUGGAUGUGGGGUUGGCAAACUUUCCAGGAUCUUGUGGCUGGACGUGAGUGGGAAACCACCGGAAUCUUCCCGCGUGUCACAAUGUGCGACUUCUCAAUCAUGGAUCUGACCACAGUUCACGACCACAGCAUUCAAUGCGUCAUUGUCAUCAAUAUGCUUGCCGAGAAAGUAUAUGUAUUCUUCUGGUUCUGGCUUCUUUUUGUUGGAGUUCUGACUGGACUCUCCUUCGCCUACUGGACUGUUAUGUACAUGUUGCAGAGCAUCGGACGUAACUUUAUCUACAGCUACCUUCAAAGUGCUCCAUCCUUCCAAAAAGAACAAGAGAACAUCAGCGUUGUCCCAGCCCAAUUCGUCGAUAACUUCCUCCACGCUGACGGUGUGUUCAUCUCUCGUCUUGUCCAACAAAACUCCGGAGAUCUGUUCACCAGCAUCAUGCUCGAAGAGAUGUUCAACCUCUACAGACAACGAGAAGCCGAGAAAGCUCACAAGAAGGAGGAUGACAGUGCUCUUCCAGUUGAUUCUGCUCCAACCCAGCUGAAGGAGGAAGACGAUGAUGAUAUCCCACUCCCACCACCAACCAAGGCAACUGUUGAGACUCUGUCCAGUGACGACGAAGACGAUGACGAUGUGGACAGCCCGGAUACCACUGCCACUCUUCCCCGUUAG